AUGUGGGACUUUCGAAGCUUAUUCCGCCGCUCCGGCUUACAAAGCCCUAAUGUUCUUCCGGCGCUCUCUGCCACCGGAGUCCUUCUUUAUCACGUCCACGGUUUCGAGAAGAUUUUUGGGGAGUUUUUGCGGUGGACCCGGUCUAAUCUAGUUCCGGCUAAUAUACUGCUCAUAACCGGUAAUGAGCUAGUGGAAAUCCAUUACCAAUGGUUUUCAACCCUACAACUUCAGGGAUUCACCAUUCUUCACGCAAACCCUCAGGGAUAUCCUCAAGCUAAUGAAGACAGCUAUCUCUGGGAAAGCUUACUCAAAGUACCAACGGAGGAAAGCGAAACGAGUCGCUGUUUAUCGGCUGGUGGUGAAUAUUGUUUCAAGUUUUUUUGCUCAGUGUGUUGUGAUACAUGUACUGGCAAAAGCUUUCGAGACUUCACCAAGCAUCUCAACAGUAGAGCUCAUGUACUUUGUGAGUUUGACAAGUCUCAUGAGCAGAGCUCAUGCCCUUUAAUCUUUCUGAGUUCUUUAACAAAAAAAGAAACGCUUCUUCGUUGUUUGAAGAUGACCGAAGGAGCCUCUAGAGGAUGA